AUGUUUAUUUUUAGUAAUAAAGUGAAUUAUUCAAUAAAAAAUGUAAAUUCAAAUAACUUGUUUAACAGAUAAUUCUAUUUUUUAGAAGUAUUAGAUAACAACAUCCAAAUUUAAAUCAAAAAGAGCUAUUAUUUUGCCUUUGAUAAUUUUUCAUAAGUUCAAGAAAAUAACUUAGCAUAAACAUAGAACACAUUUAAAUUUAAUAUAAGUUUUACAGAAAUUAAAUAGAUAAAAGGUUUAAAUAUUUAUGAUUUAAAAGAUGAGAAUAUAUAUAUUAUUCAUUCAAAAACCUAAAUUCAAUUGAUGCAAGAAUUUAUAAAUGGUGCCAAUAUUAUAGAUGAGUAAAAUCAAAAUUUAGUUAUUUUUAAAGAACAAAUAUUGGACUACAAAUAAAUGGAGAACUAGUAUGAGAUCACUACCUCUUUCUAUUAGGAUUCUUGUAAAAAUCUUUAAAAAGAUGAGAAAUAACUUUUAUACUUUAGAAUAUAUAUUUCAAAAAAUAAAUAGAGUUUGAUUGUUCCCUUUAGCUAAAUUUUUAAAUAAACAAAUGAUAUAAAAAAUGAGAUUAAUUUGUAAGAACUACAAAUACAAUUCUUAAUUUUAGGAGUAAUAUUAAUAUUUAUGAUCAUAUUAAUUUUUAUAUUUUUAAUCAAGAUAAAAAUUCUAUCAGAUUAAAAAUAGGCAUUAUGA